CCCCCUUUUUCACGUUUUUUGGUUUCAUAAAUUUAAUCCUAAAAUGCUCACUCACUUGGAACAUGAACUCCACUCAUUUUCUUGGAUUCACCGGCAAUGAUGCGCAAGAGCAUAUUUCUUCAUUCCAUCCGAUUCUUGGACGAGGAAGAUCAGGAGAAGAAAUAAAUCUCAAUGCCCUCCCCUUCCCAUCGGCCUUCAGCACGGACCUGACCAAAAGCAUGAGUUGGCUUCUCUUGAUCCAUUCAGAGGCCAAAAAGCUACAAAAACUUGACGAUGCGGAAACUUCCGAUCAAGUCUUCGAAUAUAAGAUACUGAGAGAAAGACGAAUUAAGCAAACGCGGAGGAUUACUCUUACAUUUCGAUAUAUGUCUUGAUUCUAACGCCCAUUUUGAGGGUUUUUAGUUUUUUCGAAAUGUAAAUAUUUACCUCCAUCUUCUGAUACUGAAUCUGUGACUUGUUUAUUAUACUUCAAUUUUCUAUUUUGGGAUCCUAAAAACUGUUCUUUUAACUUCUUAGAUAUUGUUUUGGAUUAUUUCUGUUUGCAGGUCCUUGUUUUGUCUCGGCCACUUACCUUUCCUGUUAUAUAAUUUUUCUUAUAAAUUUUAGCCUAAGAUCGCAGCUUUUACUGGUUAAGAAUGACAAUUGGAAAUGUUUAUCCGAAGGAGAGGAGCAGGGGAAAGAGCAAGCGUGUUCUUGAAGAGAACGCUCCUUUGCUACCUAGCUCGCAGGUGGGAAGUGAAACUUUGAACGAGUUCAAUGGAGCUUCUUUUUCUGGGGCUGUGUUCAAUCUCUCUACUACAAUUGUGGGAGCUGGAAUCAUGUCUUUGCCGGCCACCAUGAAAGUUUUGGGUUUAGUGCCAGGGAUUGCUAUGAUCGUCUUGUUUGCUUUCCUUACCGAAGCUUCAAUAGAGCUGUUGAUCAGGUUUAGUCGAAUUGGGAAGUCGAUUGCUUAUGGUGAUGUCAUGGGUGAUUCGUUUGGGAAAGCUGGGAGGAUGCUGCUUCAGAUCUGUGUGGUUAUUAAUAAUGUUGGUGUUAUGGUUGUUUAUAUGAUUAUAAUCGGUGAUGUGCUUUCUGGAACAUCUUCUAGUGGUGUUCAUCACUCAGGUGUCUUGGAAGGAUGGUUUGGGGAUCAUUGGUGGAAUGGACGUUUCUUUGUUCUUCUUGUUACUACUAUUCUAAUAUUUGCUCCCUUAGCUAGCUUCAAGCGUGUAGAUUCAUUGAGGUAUACGUCUGCAUUGUCUGUUGCACUUGCAGUAGUUUUUGUUGUGAUCACAGCUGGGAUUGCUGUUCUCAAAUUGCUAGUUGGAAGCAUACUGAUGCCAAAAUUGUUUCCUGAUAUACCCAAUCUUGCAUCUAUCUGGAACCUCUUCACUGCAGUCCCAGUUCUUGUAACGGCUUUUAUUUGCCAUUACAAUGCUACAAGCUUCUUUGGUUAUCUUCUCUUUGGAGAAUCAACUCUUCAUGAUGUGCUCGCCAAUUUUGACGCCAACCUUGGCAUACCAUACAGUGCUGUUCUUAGUGAUGUUGUUCGAGUCAGCUAUGCUGCACACCUUAUGCUUGUAUUCCCUAUAAUAUUCCAUGCUCUGAGGCUGAACUUAGAUGGUCUCCUCUUUUCCACUGCAAGGCCUUUAUAUACUGACAACUUAAGGUUCACAGUGACUUCAGUGGCGCUUCUUUCUCUCAUAUUUUUAGCUGCGAACUUUAUUCCUAGCAUAUGGGAUGCCUUUCAAUUCACAGGUGCAACUGCUGCUGUUAGCAUCGGGUACAUCUUUCCCGCUGCCAUCACACUAAGGGAUCCUCAUGGCAUUGGAACAUUGAGAGACAAACUUCUAUCUGUUUUAAUGAUUAUGCUUGCAGUACUGUCUAAUGGAGUAGCCAUAUACAGUGAUGCCUCCUCCCUCUUCAACAGCACCACAGCCUAAGCACAUUGUUGAUCUCCGUUGUCUUCCUUUUGGCUGAAGAAAGCAAUUCUUAUGGUUAGUGUGUACAAAGAGGACGCCUGCAUUGGGUUUCCUUGAAGUUCAGUGCAUUUAUCAACUACUAGCGCAACAUAAUUGUUGAGAUCUAUUUUCCGAUUUUAUUCAUCUAUAUAGGAUCACAGGUUUUUUUAUUGCUUCUUAAAGCAACUUUUUAGUAAAAAAUUAAUUUUUUUGUUCUAGAAAGCUGCUUUAAGAAACAGUGUUAGUACCUUAAUCUUUGUAGAAAUCAAUAUUUUGAGAGGUGGAGAAAUAUUUGAGAUUUUUAUUUAGCUAGUUGUAACUGCGUUUCCUUAACCUUGCAACACCUGUUAGAGUAAGCCUUGAACAAUAAUGCUGUAAAUAACCGUUUUUAUGUGAAUAAUCCUUAAAACUA